CAUCUGCACCACUGUAGACAUCAAACGUGCCAAAUGAGUGUAAGCAUGCCGACUUAAAAUGCUUCCGUCCCCGCUAUCCGGCCAGCUGCACUGAAGUCGAUCCAGAAGACACCAGACACGCGUUAAUGAGGGUCUGAUCCAGACGCACUGAGACUGAGCUGCCACCGCCGUCUUACCUCCACUCAGUGGCAUCUGCUGGUCAUUUAGCGCCGGGAGAAAAAAAAAGGGUCCUUCCUCCUCAAUUGUGUUGUUAUUGACUGGCUGAGGGAAAGAAGCAGGUCGAUAAGUGGAUCAGAUUUAUUAGCGGUGCAGAUUGGCUACGGCACGCCAAAUGCCAGAGGAGUCACUACAGACUGUGGGGCUGCACACCGCGCAUUUCAUCUAGGUUAGAGGAGCGCCAGACAGCGUGUCUCCAAGUGCAGCACAAUUUCAAGUGGAAGGGAAAGUAAAUCCAUCAGGAUGGAUCUGGCCAAACUUGCAGUGUCCUUCCACAUUCUUCUGUAUUCUGCAUGGGCCCGUCACUCUUACAUGGACAGCAUUCUCUCAGUCCGCUCAGCGCUCAGGUUUCUGGAAGAGCCGUUGACGUUUGAUCCCUGUUGUCUCAUGUCCCCGCCUCCCCCACCGCUCUUCCCCCCGCCACCUCACCAGUGGAAGCGGGACAUUACCAAGGAUGGUAUUGGCAUGUUAGAGCCAAGUGUUUCUGGAGGAGAGGUACAGGAAAAACAAAAACCUGUGAUACCCGGGUGUUUACCUGGACCUCCAGGACCCAGGGGUCCAGAGGGUCACAAUGGAUUACCUGGCUUAAGAGGACCAAAAGGGGAGAAGGGAGAAAUUGGACGUCCAGGGGCAAAGGGUCGUACAGGAGCUCCGGGCCUCCCGGGGAAGCCAGGGCUACCAGGAUGGCGUGGUCCAGAUGGGCCCCAGGGCGAGAAAGGGGACCCAGGACUCAUGGGAUUACCAGGACUGAGGGGACCACCAGGGCCAAAGGGUUUGCCCGGUUAUAAAGGAGAUAAGGGAAGCUAUGGUGACCCUGGAGCACCAGGACCAAAAGGCGAUAAGGGUUCCAUUGGUUUGCCUGGGAUGCUUGGACAGAAGGGUGAGCAGGGACCAAAGGGAGAGCCAGGAGUCGUAGGGAAGAGAGGGCCUACUGGACGGCCUGGGAAGAGAGGCAAACAGGGCAUGAAGGGCCACACUGGAGCCCCAGGGGUCAUGGGCCCCCAAGGACCCCCAGGUCCAAAUGGCCAUCCAGGGCCACCUGGUCCCCCCGCCUCAGGUCUCUAUCUAGUCGGGGAAAAGGGAGAGAAGGGUGCUCCAGGUCCAGCAGGUCGCUGUGACUGUGAUUCCACUCUUGGUGCAAACAAUGCUCCUUUUGGAAGCUACACUCAACGAGGCGGCCUCAAUAAAGUCCCUGCAAUAUUUGUGGUAAACAGUGAGGAGGAGAUGGACAGUCUACGUCUAGACAAUGCAAUAGCAUUCAGGAAGGAUCAGAGGUUGCUCUACUUCAAAGAUAAAGAGGGAUGGAAGCCCAUACAGCCCUUCCAGCCCUUCCAGUCCACAGAGAAAGUCCCGGACAGAGUCGGUGUGUGUGGAGACGGAAUGGUGCAAGCCCAGCAUGGAGAGGAGUGUGAUGAUGGAAACCAGAUUGUCACUGAUGCUUGUCUCAACUGUAAGUGGGCCUACUGUGGAGACGGCUACCAACAUGACGGCAUUGAGGAGUGUGAUGGAAAGGACUUUGGUUAUCAGACCUGCAAAUCCUAUCUUCCUGGGUCCUUUGGGCAGCUCAGAUGCACCGAAUCUUGCCUCAUUGAUUCCACUGGUUGCAAGUAUUUCACCUGAACUGGAAAGAUUGCAACUUUGCAGUUCCGCUUUGUGAUCAUGGGGGUUACAUUUCAGAUUUGUACGGAAGUCUUGCCCCUUAAAAAAAAUCACUGGUGGACUGAGAGAGAGAGUACUAAAGGAAAGCUCUUGUGCCUGCGCUGAGCCAUGAGAAGUCAUGGGAGUCAGCUUUGAAUCGACUGUCUCUCCCCUGGAGGUUUAAUUCCAUCACUGGCCUCAGGGAGCAGCUCCCUGUUACUGUCACUAUACAUCGGCUGCCGCACUGUUAUGGACACAGGUGAUGCUGUGGAACAUUUUAAUGAGAUAUUGAUUGUAUCAUUAUGAAAUAGUUGACUUGCUGACUGUUGAUGCAAAAAUAAGCUGUAUUCUGAACUUCUUUUGUAAGAAAAAAAAAUAUAUUAUAUUAUUGAUACUAUAUAUACUGUAGUAUGCAAAUCAGGAUUGUGUAAAUUUAUUUAUUCCUGUGCAAUGUUUUAGAAAAAUUGUAUUUGUGAAAAGCAAUGCUGUGAUAUUGCAUGUAAAUAUAUACCAGAACAAAGCGGACGGCUUUACCCAGUGCUGUAAAUGUAGGCUACUAGUCAAAGUGUGGCCUUCUUUAACGAAUGUCACACUGCAACAGCAUGAAGAAACUGCUCAGUUACAAAAUGACUAUGAAGUGAAUUCAGUGAAAUUUGAUUAGUGGAUAAUCUACCUGCAUGACUGUAAUGUUCAUUAAACACUGUACUCUAAUAAAGAUUAGGCCAA